AUGGAGAAGGUCGAGAAUGACGCUGCAACUGAUGGCUCCAAGCCCACGUUGGAGAGCCAGAUCUCAGAAGGCGCAGUGGCGCUCUCUAGCGGAUUCUUCGCUCGCGUAAACCAGCGACUUCUCACCUCUAAGCACUUCGAGGCUCGCGGCAUCGAGCGAGUGCCAGUGACGGAGCGGUUAGAGAAAGUUGGUGCCUCUAGCUACAUGCAAAUGACGAUGCUGUGGUUCAGUUCCAACAUAACCGCCAACAACAUGGCGGUUGGCAUGCUUGGACCUCUUGACUAUUCUCUAGGUGUCACGGAUGCAGCGCUAUGCGCGACAUUUGGCGCCAUCUUGGGAGCCAUGGGAGUUGCCUACAUCAGCACGUUUGGCCCAGUUAGCGGGAAUCGCACGAUGGUUUUGGCAAGGUAUUUCAUGGGCUAUUGGCCUAGCAAGAUUUGCACCAUCCUGAACAUUGUGAUUAUGCUGGGUUAUGGCAUGAUCGAUUGUCUUGUUGGGGGACAGAUCCUGUCCGCAGUCGCUGAUGGCCAACUCACCGUCAUUGUCGGCAUCGUCAUAAUUGCCGUUAUCUCUUGGAUUAUCGUACUUUUUGGGAUGUCAAUCUUUCAGACAUACGAAAGAUGGGCAUGGCUUCCGCAGCUCAUUGCAGCCUUUAUCUUGGUCGGUUCUGCUGGCCCUAAAUUUGACACUUCCAUCCAGUCAACUGGGAGUACUUCGACCAUUAAUGGCAACCGUCUCUCUUUUUUCUCCCUUUGCCUGGCCUCGGCCGUGGCCUGGGCCCCCGCAGGAGCGGACUUUUACGUCUACUACCCGGAAAACACCAAGAAAUGGAAGACGUUCGCUAUGACGACCGCGGGCAUCGGUCUGGCGAUAGCUUUUGCCAACCUCUUAGGUGUUGGCCUUGCGUCUGGCACCUUCACUGAGGCAUCAUGGAGCGAUGCUAACCAUGUGUCAUCUGGAGCCCUUGUCGUUGCGGGCUACCAAGGGCUAGGAGGGUUUGGAAAAGUUCUAGGCGUUAUUGUGGCCCUCGGCCUUGUGGCGAACAACAUCCCCGGUACAUAUUCUGCCGCUUUGUGUUUCCAAGUGCUGGGUCGAUACGGUGCGCGAAUACCCAGGUGGAUCCUUUCAUGUGUUGGUGUAAUCAUCUACACUGUAUGUGCUUUGGGUGGGCGCAACAACCUCUAUGACAUCUUUGAGAAUUUUUUAGCUCUGAUGGGCUACUGGGUUACCAUCUUCCUAGUAAUCACUCUGGAAGAACAUUUGAUAUUCCGCAGAACCCGCGGGUUUGACUGGACAGCUUGGUCUGACCCGAAACGGCUGCCGCUGGGUCUUGCCGCGUUCACAGCGUUUGUUAUUGGAUGGAUCGGAGCAAUCCUUUGCAUGUACCAGAUUUAUUAUGUUGGUCCUAUUGCUAAGCUUGCCAGCCCAACUGGCGCUGAUCUUGGCAUUUGGGUUGGCUGUUCAUGGGCUAUGAUAGUAUUUCCCCCUUUGCGCUGGCUAGAGAUUCGUAAUAUUGGUCGGUAA